AUGACUAAUAAAUAGUAACGUAACGGUCCAGUCAUCUUUCUGUCUUUUAUAUUAUGGUUUACAAAGCACGGCCCCCUUCGUUGCCUCUCCUAAUGUGAUCCUCACAACAGUCCUUUUACAAAUGGGUCAACGGGUCAGAGACAGUCACGCAGAGUCCCAGCAUCACAGAGUGUGAAGGACCAGAGAAGGAUGAGGAUUCAAGGACUUUAGGCCAGGCUCUACCUCCGACUUGCUGUGUGACUUUGGGUAAUUUUGUUCCCUUCGGGACCUUUCUCGUUUUUAAAUGGGAAUAGGUUGUUGUGAGGAUCAAAUGAGAUCCAGGAGUGAAAACAAUUUAGUUUACUUUGGGGGAAUUUACCCAAGCAGUCUAUAAAGGCAAAAAAUUAUUGUAGUCAGGUGAUUGCAGAUUGAGGAACCCAUUUCCUCAUUGUACAGGUUGCAAAACUAAGGGCCUCAAGAGGGGUAGGGGCUUGCCCUAGGUCUCAGCAUCAGCAGUCUCUGAGCAAGGGCUAAAGCCUAACCUUUCUGCCGUUGGACCUGGCGCCCUACCUUCCAAGGAUCAGUGUCUGUGUUGGAUACAAGCUUAGAGAGAUCGACUGUACCGUGAAAACCUGGGGGUGUCCCUUUUCUCAGCCCUUCUUCUAACCCCCACCUCGGCUUGAUGGACAAGGGCCCUGCUCUGUUGAGAUGACCACCAGAGGCAGGGAGUUAAGGAGGAUCUGGAGAAUCCUAGAGGAAGAGAACAGUGUUGCUGGAGCUGUACAGACCUGCUUCUCAGGACAGUGGCCCAGGUCCCAGGAAGGUGGCGUCAGCAUCUGCAACCGCGUCGACGGUGUCAGAGCCUCCGCGAAGGACCCAGGAGAGCGGGACUAGGACCAGGGCCCUGGGCCUCCCCAGCCCCCCCAUGGAGAAGCCAGCGGCCUCAAUAGAGCCCCAGGGGCCUAGGCCAGUCCUGGGCCGUGAGAGUGUCCAGGUACCCGAUGACCAGGACUUCCACAGCUUCCGGUCAGAGUGUGAGGCCGAGGUGGGCUGGAACCUGACCUACAGCAAGGCUGGCGUGUCUGUGUGGGUGCAGGCUGUGGAGAUGGAUCGGGCACUACACAAGAUCAAGUGCCGGAUGGAGUGCCGUGACGUGCCAGCUGAGACACUCUACGAUGUCCUACACGACAUUGAGUACCGAAAGAAAUGGGACAGCAACGUCAUUGAGACUUUCGACAUCGCCCGCUUGACGGUCAAUGCGGACGUGGGCUAUUAUUCUUGGAGGUGUCCCAAGCCCCUGAAGAACCGUGAUGUCAUCACCCUCCGCUCCUGGCUCCCCAUGGGCACCGACUACAUCAUUAUGAACUACUCAGUCAAACAUCCCAAAUACCCACCUCGGAAAGACUUGGUCCGAGCUGUGUCCAUCCAGACCGGCUACCUCAUCCAGAGCACGGGGCCCAAGAGCUGCGUCAUCACCUACCUGGCCCAGGUGGACCCCAAAGGCUCUUUACCCAAGUGGGUGGUGAAUAAGUCUUCUCAGUUCCUGGCUCCCAAGGCCAUGAAGAAGAUGUACAAGGCGUGCGUCAAGUACCCUGAGUGGAAGCAGAAGCAUCAGCCUCACUUCAAGCCGUGGCUGCACCCGGAGCAGAGCCCGUUGCCGAGCCUGGCGCUGUCGGAGCUGUCUGUGCAGCAUGCGGACUCGCUGGAGAACAUCGACGAGAGCGCGGUGGCGGAGAGCCGGGAGGAGCGCAUGGGCGGCGCUGGCGGCGAGGGCAGCGACGACGACACCUCGCUCACCUGAGCGUGGCACUGCUGCAAGGACCCAGACAGAACCUGGGCGGAGCCCUGGGGCGGCGGAUCCUCUGGCACUUUCUCCCCUCCCCUACCCCCUGCGCCUCAUGGGGGCGCUGGGCUCGGGCCCAGGCGGGCGCUGCCGCCUGGCUGGACACAGCCCCAAUAAAUGAUCCCACAGCCUCA